UAAUCAGAGUCAGAGUCAGAGUCAGUGUCAGUUGUGGCCGUCAGUCGUUAGACGCGUCUCGUUAGCCGUGGACACAGCAAUCGCAGCGCUUGGCAGUCAUUCAUAAAUCAAAAAUAAAAUCUUCUAUUUAUUAACUUUCAAGUUAUAUUGUUAACAACAACAACAACAAAAUGGUCGAGACCGUCGUCACCGUCGAGCGCACAACAACAACAACUGGCCCACCUGGCGGCAAUCCCUCAGCCGGUGACAAUGGCAACUUCUGGAGCGCCAUUCGCUUGAAUCUCGAUUAUUUUCAAACUGCGCCGGGCCUCAUCAAGAUUGUCCAAUUGAUAUUGGGCAUCAUUUGCAUGGCAUGCGUCUCGCCCGCACAGGCGGCAGCAACGAGCUUCUUCCUAUUCGCCGUUGUCAUCUCUUUCAUAAUUACCUUCUUGCUGAUUGCCGCAUAUUUCCUGGGCAUACGCGAGGCGCUCAACGUGGCCGUUAAUUGGAUAUUUUCAGAACUGUUGACCACUGCUGUGCUGACCCUGCUCUACUUUAUUGGAUUUAUUGUACAGCUAGCCAGAUGGGCCGAAUCAAGUGCUGUCGGACGUAAUGCAAAUGUAGCGGGCGGCGUUUUUGGCCUAUUCAAUUUCCUGGCCUAUGCGGCGGGUACAUAUUUCCUAUUCCUGGCGCAUAGAUCUGGAGCCACGCAUUAAGAGUUUCAGCAGCAAAGCCGAGCAGCGAUCUGUUCUGUUCUGUUUAGAUUCGAUAGCCGAUAAGCGGAACAAAUUUUUUAGUCAUGCGCACCCAAAAAAAAUUAUUAAG